GAGAGGCCAAGAACCAAGGCGUGGAAACGAGCUUUCUGUGUCUCUUUGUCUUUGUUGCAAUUUGCACUUGCUCGCAAACAACCAAUACCUGUUACUAAGUCCCUUCACUGUCUCGGACUUCCAUGGAUGGUCAGAAUGUUUUGACAAAUUACUCUUUUUGGCAAUUUUGUUCUUUUGUUCCCAAACACAUUUUUCAGAAGAACAUGGGUUUUGUUUUAUGAACUUGAGUUGAUAUAGUUUGUUUUCAAAUAUUUUCUUCAAACAACUUACAAUUCUUUGAAGAGUAUAACUCCCACUUUGAAUUUAUUUGGAAAUGUCUACUCCUCGGACAACCGUGGCUGAGUUCACAGUGUGGGAUUAUGUGGUAUUUGUCAUCAUGCUGCUUAUUUCUGCAUCAAUUGGAGUCUAUCAUGCAAUUAAAGCUAGAGGCCAGCAAUCGAACAGCCAGUUUUUGCUUGGAGACAGACAACUGAGGGCAUUGCCUGUGGCUAUGUCCCUUACUGCCAGCUUUAUGUCUGCAGUGACAGUGAUUGGAACACCGGCAGAGGUUUACCGUUUUGGGGCCAUGUUCUUGAUUUUCUGCAUUAGCUAUGCCAUAGUGACCAUCGUCAGUGCUGAAUUCUUCCUGCCUGUAUUCUACAGACUCAACAUCACCAGCACUUAUGAGUAUUUGAAUAUGAGGUUCAACAAACUAGCUCGGUACAUUGGGACCAUUUUCUACAUUACUCAAACAGUGCUGUACACUGGGAUUGUCAUUUAUGCUCCUGCAUUAGCGUUGAAUCAAGUAACUGGACUUGACCUCUGGGGCGUUCUGGUUGCAACUGGUCUUGUCUGCACCUUUUACUGUACUCUGGGUGGUCUGAAAGCUGUGGUUUGGACUGACGUAUUCCAAAUGGGGAUUAUGAUCUCUGGGUUUUUGGCAGUGAUAAUCCGAGGUGUUGUAAUACAAGGAAGUUUUGAACGCAUCUGGAAUAUUUCAUAUCACGGAGGAAGACUCAACUUCUGGGACUUUGAUCCAAACCCAUUAAGACGUCACACCUUCUGGACAAUUGUGGUUGGUGGAAGUUUUAUGUGGACAGCUAUUUAUGGCAUCAAUCAGUCUCAGGUUCAGCGGUACAUCGCAUGUAAAAACAAGUUUGAGGCUAAACUAUCUCUCUACCUCAACAUGGUUGGCCUAUGGAUAACAGCCUUCUGUGCGGUGUUUACUGGGCUCACUACUUAUUCUAUUUAUCAUGAAUGUGACCCCCUGACUGAGAAGAAAAUCAAGGCAUCAGACCAGUUGCUCCCAUACCUAGUGAUGGAUAUUAUGAGGGAUUACCCUGGCGUUCCAGGACUCUUUGUGGCAGCCGCAUACAGUGGGACUUUGAGUACGGUUUCCUCUAGCAUCAAUGCUUUGGCUGCUGUCACAGUGGAGGAUGUCAUCAAACCAUAUACCAGUUUAUCGGAGCAGAAACUUGCUUGGGUCACAAAGGGACUCAGUUUAAUGUAUGGAGUCAUCUGCAUUGGAAUGGCUGCAUUGUCCUCUCUGAUGGGAAGCGUACUACAGGCUGCCCUCACUAUAUUUGGGAUUGUUGGCGGUCCAUUGCUUGGUUUGUUCCUGCUGGGCAUGAUAAUGCCUUGUGCUAAUUCAGUUGGUGCACUGUCUGGCCUUGCCAUCAGUUUCCUACUAACAAUGUGGAUGGGAAUCGGUGGGCAAGUUUAUCAGCCACUACCUGAUCAAACCCGACCGUUACCCCUCAGCACAGCGGGAUGUUUCUUCAACAUCACUGACACUCCAGAACCAGUGACAGGAAGCCCCUGGACAACAAUAAACCAAGAUACAGAGGUGACUUCCAGGCCAGUAAUUGCAGACACUUUGUAUUCAAUCUCGUAUCUUUACUUGAGCCCAAUAGGAACUAUGCUUGUUUUGAUCCUUGGUCUCAUUAUCAGUUUGCUCACAGGAGGGAUGAAGAACACAGUGGACAAGAAGCUCCUGGUCACAUACAGCGAUAUGCUAUGCUUCAGUUACCUUGCCAACAAAUGUAUUCGCUCAGAGAAUACGAUUGCUAAUGAGGAGCUGGAAGGAAUAGCUGACACAGGAAAGGUCAACCCCACAUUCAGUGACCAGGAGCUCAAUAAUUCUGAGAAGCAGAAUCAUAUUGUAUCUGCAACACAUUUAUAGUUGGCAUGUGGGCUUCCUCUGACAAAAGGGCAGUGAACAAUUUAUCAGGCUUUGGUGAUGUCUAACAUGUCUGCAUAAAAUUGCUCUGUCCAUUACUCCGAAGAUCAUUGGCCUAUAUAUAAUUCAGACCUCUUCCCUCCCCUUCCAGUACUACUUUUACCAAAAUGCAGUGUAAACGGACUUAUUUUUUUCAUUGCACUUCCAGUCAAAUCAAACUAGCAGAAACUGCUCUACAAACUUCUUCCAGAUAUUAGCUUUAAACAUUCUAAUGUCAGUGAGAACUCAGGAGGUCUGGCAGCAUCUAUGGAGAGAAAGCAGAGUUAAUAUUUCAGGUCUAGUGACUCCUCUUACCUGACCUGAAACAUUAACUCUGCUUUGCCUUUAUAAAUGAUGCCAGACCAGCUGUGUUUUCCCAGCAAUUUCUGUUUUUGUUUCUGACUUCUAGCAUCCACUUUUUUUAUUUGAAUGUCUCUGUUUCAGUAGUAAAGAUAUUUAUGAGGCAACAUGACAGACAUUCAGGCUACAGUUUUGUCAGCAAUUGGCUAUUAGAAUAGAUUCCCUACAGUGUGGGAACAGGCCCUUCGGCCCAACAUGUCCACACCACCCCUUGAAGUAUCCCACACAGACCCAUCUCCCUAUAAUCCACACACCACUGAACACUAUGGGCAAUUUUGCACGGCCAAUCCAUCUAGCCUGCACAUCUUUGGACAGUGGGAGGAAACCAGAGCACCCAGAGGAAACCCAUACAGACACAGGGAGAAUGUGCAAACUCUGCACAGACAGUUGCCCGAGGCUGGAAUUGAAUCUGGGUCCCUGGCGCUGUGAGGCUGCAGUGCUAACCACUGAGCCACCGUGCCGCCCCUGAGUAUCUGACUAAAAAUUUUGCUUAAGCUUACAUACUGGCUAAUCAGUGCAAUCCAAGAGAACUUUAAACUAAUUAAGCAUUUACAUCUAAGCACUUCUAAAAUGCCUAUUAGUAGUUAUUAGCCUAUUAAUGUUCUUGGAGUUUGAAAAAAUCUUAAUUUUAGACUAUUCUCCAUGUCUAUAAACGUAAUUAAUUUGAUCAGGGGUCAUAAGAAAUAGGAACAGCACUAAGUCAUUCAACCUCUCGGGUCUACUUCACCAUUCACUAGGAUCAUGGCUGAUCUAACAUUCCUCAGGUCCACCUUCCUGCCCAAUUUCCACAAGUCUUGAUUCUCCUACUGAUCAAGAAUCUGUCUAUCUGUCUCAACCUGAAAUGCACGAGAAGUCUGCGCCCACAACUCUUUGAGGCAAGGAAUUCCAAAGACCACAGCCAUCUCAAGAGAGCUGUCUGCUCACUUACUUAAGCUAUGGAAUGUGAUCAAAAGUCAGUGGAUGGGGUCAUUUUGCAGCACGAUGCUUUCUUAAAUGUACACAAAAGAUCUGAGAAAUUAUGAUUUAUAUUGGAUGUAAUAUCUGCAGGAAAUUCUUCAAUCUCUUCCAUUUAUUGCCAGAUUUCUGACGAAUUCUAUAUUAAAACUGUGACUGCACUUCAAAAGAUUUUAAUUGACUGCAAAACAUGUUGACACCUCCAGUGGCUGUAAAAAUUACUGUCUAAAUGCAAAUCUUCUGUUAUCAAAAAAUCCAGAACAAUAUAAAGGAAAUUCUGGGAAAAUGAUUUGUUUUUUAAAUUGAUACAUUACUUGGGUCAGUGUCAAUGUCUACUCCCAUAAACAACCCUCAUUCUUGUUCUCCACGUGGCUGUGACAAGAUCACAAAGUCAAACUGAGAACUUGUGACUGGAUUCCAAAUUACUGGUGUAUGAAUUGCAGUCACAUGCCAUACCUGUUUGGAGUGGAGGGAUUGA